GAAACUGAUUGGUGAAUUUUGCUAAACGUCAACAGAAGUUUUGCUUGUCUGCUGUGACAGCGGCAUCACAACAAACGGUUGUGUGCUUGACAGUUAGGAGCAAGAAGAUGCCGAAUGAGGCCGAGGAAGAUAUAUUUGCAAAUUCAGCCAAGAAUGUGUUCGGUGAUGACACAUCCUGUUGCUACGAUCUGCCUCCAGAUCUGGAAGACUUGUUGCUUUUUGGCAACAAUGUGAAUCUUCUUGAUGAAAUUGCCGCACUUGCGCAAAUAAGCGAAGAGGAGAUAGAAAAUUUGGCAUCAGGUGGAGAUAAACAGAUUUCACCGCUUUCCCAAGCAUCUGAUACUGGAGACUCGAAUGGUGACAAUCAGAAACAAAAGCCUGUUCCCUGUCCUUUAUGCUCUAGACCUUUUUUAAACAGAAGUAGUUUGACUUAUCAUAUUCGCACUCACCUCGGAGUGCACCCAUUCCAGUGCAGAUACUGCUCCAAAGGCUUUGUGCGCAGAGAUACCAUGCUAGUGCAUGAGACAGAGCACACAGGCAUGAAACCGUUUGUUUGUGAUUCGUGCAAUAAAUCUUUUCCAACCAUGGCUGUGCUCAGGAAGCAUGCUGCUACACAUGCAGGGAAGAAACCUCACACCUGUGAUGUUUGCCACAAGAAUUUCAGCUCAAGAGGUAACCUGAAUCAGCACAUGAAAAAACACACGGCUGUUAGGCCAUUUUCUUGUCAACAAUGCUCAAGAAGUUUCGUAUUUAGGGGUGACCUGCACGUACAUCUCAAAAUGCAUGCUGGAAUCAGGCCACACAAAUGUAACUACUGUUUAAAGACAUUCAGCAGCAAAGGUAACCUCAACCAACAUCUUAAGAUGCAUUCGGAUUCAACAUCUUAUGUUUGCACUACAUGUUCCAAGGUCUUCACCAUAAGAUCAUGUUUCGAGGAGCAUAUGAAAGGUCAUGCAGCUGUCAAAACUGAAGAAAAAUCUAUAAAAGAUUGUGCUGCUGUGAGUCAAGAGGAACAUAUAAAAGAUAAGACUGAAUAAACAUUCACAUAUAUUUCCAAAAUGUAAUUUGUCAUUGUUUCGAGAUAUGGGAGAUUUGUGUAAGGCUGACUAUUCUGAUUGUGAAUAACUUGGUGUUAUAUACUACUUUUCUAAAUGUCAGUAGUCUUAGUAUAUCUGUGAACAUUUGGUUGUGAUUUAGUGUAUAAGCUUGCUUUUAUUUAACUACUGCUGUGGAGACCAUGACAGUUUUCAAAACUUGAUGCCAAAUGUAUCAUGGCAGUAUGACAGACUUUCAAGGUAGUGUGGAGUCUAACAAACUGCUUGUUUCUUAAAUCAAAAUU